ACCAUGCUGAGGAGGAAGAGGAGCGUUUCGUUCGGAGGCUUCGGAUGGAUUGAUAAGUCGACCGUCAGCGCUCUGAGAGCUCGCAAACAGGAGCUCCUGACCAUCUCCAAUGUUCCCGUGGCAGACUGUCCCCCCUCUCCCCCACGCACCGCACCCCCCACCAUGAAGUCGGCUCAUUUCUUUGACAUGAUGGACAAGAUGGAGGACGACUACAUCCCUUAUCCGAGGAUCGAGGAGGUCUUGGAGAGGGGGGGGCCGUACCCUCAGGUCAUCCUACCAGAGUUCGGAGGCUACUGGAUCGAGGAUCCCGAGGAUCCUCCUCCUCCCGUGCCUGGGGAGGAGGAGGAGGGGGCGGCGGGGUUGGGAGGAAUAGAGGAGGAAGACACUCCCGCAGGGGAUUAUGGGUACCGUCUGGAGGAGAUCAACGAAGCUGCACGGGCGUACAGAAAACACUUCUUGGGCAGGGAGCAUUUGAACUUCUCUUGUUCGGCCAGCAGUCUGGGAAACCUGCUGCUGUCUGUCAGACAUGAAGAGGAGAAGGAGCAGGAGCACCUCCAUGUUAUCAUCAGGUCUCGGGUGAAAAGCGUCUAUCACAGAUUGUCGCUGACAGAGUUGGCGGACAUCCCCAGUGUCCCAGAGCUAGCCAAGCUGCUGUGUGACGAGGCAGCAGGUCUGCGUUUCAGCCCCGUCCUCUACCCGAAGGCGUCUCAGCUGAUAGUAAACUACGACGAGCACGAGGUGAACAACACCUUCAAGUUUGGAGUCAUCUACCAGAGAUUUGGACAGGUGUCUGAGGAGGAGCUGUUCGGGAACAACCAGGAGACGCCGGCCUUCACAGAGUUCCUGCAGCUGCUGGGAGACACGGUGGAGCUGCAGGACUUCAAAGGGUUUCGGGGGGGUCUGGAUGUGUCCCACGGUCAGACGGGGUCUCAGUCCGUCUACACCAUCCACAGACAGCAGGAGAUCAUGUUCCACGUCUCCACCAAACUGCCCUUCACUGAGGGAGACGCGCAGCAGCUUCAGAGGAAACGCCACAUAGGAAAUGACAUCGUGGCGCUGGUGUUUCAAGAGGAAGCCACGCCGUUCGUCCCCGACAUGAUCGCCUCCAACUUCCUCCACGCCUUCGUCCUGGUGCAGGUGGAGGAGCCCUGCUCUGACCGCACCUCCUACAAGGUGUCCGUCACAGCACGAGAGGACGUACCUCCGUUUGGCCCGCCCCUCCCAAAUCCAGCCGUCUUUAAGAAGGGACCAGAGUUCAGGGAGUUCCUUCUCACAAAGCUCAUCAACGCAGAGCUGGCCUGCUACAAGAGCGACCGCUUCGCCCGACUGGAGGAGCGUACCAGGGCAGCCCUGCUGGACAGCCUCCAUGAUGAACUGCAGAGACGCUCCCAGAGCAUGCUGGGUUUGACCUCAGGUCUGGAGGAGGAGGGUCGAGCUGAGAACGGACACGCCCACGGAGGACUGCUGGAGUCCAUCAAGAGGGCCAUGCGGGGUCGGAGCGUCUCCAUGGAGACCAUGUCGCGGGGCGGGGCGGGUCUGCCCACUAGUCUGAGCGGGGGGGGUCUGGCACACAUCAGCGCCGAGUGUAACGUGAAAUCUCCCGUGAAGAGGCGUUCGGGACUUUUUCCUCGUCUGCUGAGUGUCGACAGCCAAACGGAGAAACACAACCAGAGAAGUCUCCUGGGCGAGCAGAGGAGCUUCGACAGCUGCCAGCCGACGCUGGAGGUGAAGUCGGAGCUGCCGUCCAAUCCCAGCUCUCCAGAGGCGGGACAACGGGACAGGAUUCACGUGAAGAAGGAGAGCAGUAAGAUUUCCAGAUCAACAUCCAGCACCUGCAGCUUCAGCAUCGCUGCUGAGGACACACACCUGCUCGCUCAGGCUGCAGCGGCGGAGGGUCAAAGUUCAAGUCCGCUCGGCGUCUGUCGCAGUCCCACAGAGAUGAAGAAUAAAAACUCUCCCAGAUCCAACCUCAAGUUUCGCUUCGACAAGCUGAGCCACUCUGCUGCACAGGGACAUUAGACUGUGAGGACGGCAGCGGGAGAAUAACGACGAGAGAUUGAGGCAAACAUCAGCCUCCACGUAGAAGAGGAAGAGGAGGAAGACUGUCACCUGAAAACGCCCACACAAACUCACACACACACACGUCGGUUUUUCUAUUCAGUAGCGUUCAGUAGCCCCUCACCCCUACCCUGACCUAAACCUGGAUCUAACCCGGACCCUAAAACCAGGUCUGAACCCUCAAACAGCCCUUUGAAGGUGUGAGGACCGGACAAAACGUCUGGUUUCAAAAUUGG